AUGGCUGAGCAGAAGCCAGCUGAACCAUCAUUUGACAUUAACCGAGAUUAUGAAGAGCCUUCAUUGCAACAUGGUGGAAGCAGUCUGGCUGCUUGUUGUCUGCUGGUCACAUCAGCCCCAGCUCUACUGAUCAUGGUCAACAAGACCUUAAACUAUUGGGAUCCCAAUUUUGAGGAUGAGGUCAUCAACAUCAAUGUUGGGGGCCUGAGAAGAAGACUUAGCUCGAGUGCACUUUCCAAGUUCCCCGACACUCGGCUUGGGCGCUUGCUCUCCUGUGACUCUGAGGAGUCCAUCCUGCAGCUAUGCGAUGACUAUGAUGUGAGUGCUCGGGAGUUUUACUUUGACCGGAACCCAGGCUUCUUCCUGUAUGUGCUUCAUUUCUACCAGACCGGCAAGCUGCAUGUGAUGGAGGAGCUGUGUGUCUUCUCCUUUUGCCAGGAGAUAGAAUACUGGGGGAUUAAUGAGUUCUUCUUGGACUCAUGCUGCAGCUACCGCUACCAUGAGCGAAAACUGGAGAGCCGCCACCGCAACUGGGAUGAAGAGAGUGAGGUCAGCAGUGUGGACACCUCCCCUGAUGAGAUUCUGGAUUUCAAUCAUGACCUGCUCCACUACAGCACCCUGCGCUGUGGCAAUCUGCGCAAGCGCCUGUGGCUCACCAUGGAGAACCCAGGCUAUUCCAUCCCAAGCAAGCUCUUCAGCUUUGUCUCGAUUAGUGUUGUGCUGGUUUCCAUUGCCAUUAUGUGCAUCCACAGCAUGCCAGAGUACCAGGAGUUCGAUGAGGAGGGCAGGCUGAAGGAUGACUCUGUGUUGCAAAACCUGGAGUACUUUUGCAUCUCCUGGUUCACCUUUGAAGUGACUGCCCGCCUGCUGCUGGCUCCAAACCUGAAUAAGUUCUUCAAGCAUCCUCUGAAUUUGAUUGAUAUUGUGUCGGUCUUACCUUUCUAUGUCACCCUUCUGGUGGACAUGACCAUGAGGAGUGACUCGGAGUUGGGGAACCUGGGCAAGGUGGUGCAAGUGUUUCGUCUCAUGAGGAUAUUCCGGGUGCUGAAGUUGGCAAGGCAUUCGACGGGCUUGAGAUCUUUAGGAGCUACCUUGAAGCACAGCUACAGAGAAGUGGGAAUUCUUCUCCUGUACUUGGCUGUCGGGGUGUCUGUUUUCUCUGGUGUGGCCUACACUGCAGAAAAGGAAGAAGACGUUGGUUUUGACACUAUCCCUGCCUGCUGGUGGUGGGGGACGGUUAGCAUGACGACCGUAGGCUAUGGAGAUGUUGUGCCAGUGACGGUGGCCGGCAAACUGGCAGCCUCCGGUUGCAUCCUGGGUGGGAUUUUGGUUGUGGCGCUGCCCAUCACUAUCAUCUUCAACAAGUUCUCCCACUUCUACCGCAGGCAGAAGGCCCUUGAGGCUGCUGUGCGAAACAGUGACAAGAAGGAAGCAGAGGACUCAGAGCAUUACCCAAGCCAAGAAUCAGAGGCUUUAAGUGAAGUCUUCCAGAGGGAUGAUGACCUCACCAGAAACAUCCUUCCAGUCCACUGAACACAUUUGAGUUCAAGAAUGUUAGUUCUGUUCUGGCCUCAGACAGCAGGCAGGUUGCUAGUGCAAUCAUAGCAGCAACAUUAUCUCUGCCGUUAUGGGCCUCUUCAUUUUCUCUGAGCUGCUCCAGAAGCGCUUGUGUGGUAGCUGCUCGCUGAGCCAUUGCAGAAUACCCAUUGCCCUUAUGCAUCUGGAUUUCUAGUAUUCUACUAGGACACAAAACUCUGUGACUGACCCAAUCCUGUCCCCAUAAAAGGAAGGCUUGGAGCGAAAUGGCCAAAAUACGAUGCUCCUCAAUACAGCCCAGUUCUCAGCCCUCCAAAGCAGUAAAG